UAUCUUAGAUCUAAGAAAAAAUGAAUCAUCUCAUAGCUUUUGCGUUAGUUAUUACAAUGCAUUUUUCUUUGAAUGAAGCUUGCAAACCAAAUUUUGUAGAAAUUCAUAACCAACUCGCUCCUGGUAGAGUUCUUAAGCAUCAUUGUAGGGGUAGUAUUAACGAACAAGAUAAAGGCGUCAAAUAUUUAAAAUUCAAUGAGACUUUCGUCAUUGAGUUUUCGGAUGUUUCCAGCAGACGUGAAAGGACAGUGUGGACUUGUCUCUUAUCGCAAGGGGAUAAAAUGGAGUUUUUCUUUGAUGUUCAAGUAUACAGAGCAGCUUCUAUUGAACGAUGUGGUCAGUACCGCUCAUGGACAGCCAAAUCUGAUGGAAUUUGGACCAGAAGAGACCGUACAAAACCGUCGGGGCAUGUACUUAACUGGAAAAAGAAAUAAGUUUGUGUUUUUUAUUUGUUUCACAUCUUUUAAAAUUAUGCUAACUUGAUGUUUGAUUGUAUGGCAAAGUAUUGUAAUA